UCAUUAUAGACGCAGUCGUCGGCGGAAGCAGCACGCAAGUGGAGUCUCCGGUUUUCCAAGUCAAUCCGGCACGCGCUUACGGCUUUGUUAGUUAGUUACUUUUCGCAACCGUCGGCGGGGCAUGUGAUACGGAAAAAGGCGCCCAUGCUAGUUAAACUAAUCAGCAAACUAAAGAUACACUAAGCCAAAGAAUACCAAGUGAAACACAGAUAGAACAAGAUGAGCGAGCAGGCCAAGGAAAUCGAAGCUCUGCCGCCCACCUUGCAGGACUUCAAGGCUCCCGAUCUGCCGGCCAACAAGCCAGUGCUCUUCUUUCAUCCGUACAACUUCCAUGCGCAAAAAGUGCUCAUGGUCUUCUACGAGAAGAAGAUCGACUUCUUUCCCUAUGUGGUGGACCUGUGCAAUGGCGAGCAGUACUCCAAUUGGUUCCUGAACCUCAAUCCCAAGGGCGAUGUGCCGGUGCUCCAGGAUGGCGCCCUCGUCAUUCCCAGCUCGACGCACAUCAUCAACUAUGUGGAGAGCAAAUUCCGCGGCGAUCGAUCGCUGAAGCCAGCGCACAACUCCAAGGAGUUCGACCAGAUGCUGGUCUUUGAGCAGGCCAUGGCCCGCCUUCCGGUGGGCACACUCAGCCUGGGCUCCUUCAUACACGACGAUCUGAAGCUGGUGCCCAAGGCGCCCUUCAUCGGACCCGUGCGCCAGUCCUGCCUGAAAAACAAUGAGAAGGUGCUGGACCUGCUGCGACACUCGGUGGACGAACAGGCGACCAACAAAGCAGCGCUCCAGCACAAGCUGGACAUCCAGUUGCGCCGCCACGAGCUGGCCUCCUCCCGCGAGGACUUCCAGAAGGUCCUGGACGCCGUGCGGCACUUUCUGCUCUACGUGGAGCAGGAGCUAACCGCCCAGGCGCCGCGCGUUGAGUGGCUAACCGGCGACGAGCUGAACGUGGCGGAUAUCUCGCUGGGACUGCUGCUGCAUCGACUGUAUCAGCUGGGAUUCGAGAAUCAGUUCUGGACCUUCGGGAAGCUGCCGCAGGUGGAGGCUUACUUCCUGCGCUUCCGGCAGCGCGAGUCCUUCCACCGCCUGCAGCCGAGCAACUUUGCCAUACUGCGCGAAAUGUGGACGCGGACGCCGGGCAACUAUAAGCUUGGAGCGGGCGCCGGCUUCCUGGGUAUGGCCAUGUUCGCCGCCUUCGCGCACAAGUGAGCGGAGCAGCGGGACAGCAGACUUUGUUAACAAAUCCUUUUACUGUUAAAGUUGGGCACAUAUAAACACACGAACAUAAGAACGCUUAAAGCUACGCACUGCUGAUGAAGGAUGCUUGGGGUGUCAUGGUAAGAAUCCGGCGGUGGAGGAGGAUGAGGAGCAGAGCGCGAUCCAGUGCCAGCCUCGGCUGCUUGCUUAGUAAUAUCAUCAUCGUUUCAUAUCAUCGUUGCUGAAUAUAGAAAAAUUUGGUAUAAA